AUGGCCCUCUUCUUGCGACAGACGUGGACUUUGACGGUCAAAAAUCUUCUGGUUGUCCUUAUUCGGCCUCUAUUUUCGACCUUGCUUCGAGCACUAAUUCUGCCUGUGUGCUUUGUGGCUUUUAUAUCUUAUGCGCGCAACUUGUUCAUUGAGCCAGCAACUUACGGGAUUGGCGAACCUACCCGAGUCCGAUCGCUUUCUAAUGCGCUGACCUUCGUUGGCGCAGGAAGAAAUAGGCUGGUAUUUGUGAACAAUGGUUUUGUUGAUGGCCCAAUUGAAAAGGUAAUCAACGAGGUCGCGCAGCCGGCGAGGACAGGCCAACAAGAAGUCCACAUUCUUUCCGAUGAGUCUGAGAUGCGGGAGCUGUGUCGAACGUCGCUUCGGGGCAUGUCCAGAUGCAUAGCGGCUGCCGUAUUUUACUCGUCUCCGACAGAAGGCCCUGAAGAGGCGUGGAACUACACUAUAAGGACAGACGCAGUCCUGGGCGAAGGUAUUGAUGUUGACAGCUCUGAGAAUGACCAGCAAAUCUACCUCCUUCCGUUCCAACGGUCCAUUGACUGGGCGAUCGCACGAACCAACACAUCAUUCGAUUUCGAUACUCUUCCGGAAGAUACACUGGAAUAUCCGUAUACAUCUCUUAACGAGGAAGAGCGCGAAGAUCAAAUCCGGACCCGAUACAUGGGAGCGAUUAUCGAUGUCAUUGCCGUUGCCAUAUUCAUAGGAAUGGUGGGAGUAACGUACCAGCUUACUGGGUUGAUCGCCAUGGAAAGAGAAUUGGGAAUGAGCCAGCUUAUAGAUUGCAUGAUGCCGAACUCGUCACCAUGGAAGUCUCAAGCCGCUCGAUUUUCCGCUGCCCAUCUCGCACUGGACAUUGUUUAUGGCCCAGGCUGGAUCAUCAUGGGGGCAAUCCUGAAAGCUGGUGUUUACAGCAGGACAUCCGCAGGGAUUACGUUGGUAUAUCACAUCUUGGCCGGCCUCGCCUUAUCAUCGUUCUCCUUAUUCGGUGCAUCUUUCUUCAAAAGGGCGCAGCUCAGCGGCAUCUCUGUCGUGCUGGCCUGCCUUCUCUUAGGCGUGGUAGCCCAGAUGGUGCCAGCAAGUAGUAACGGCCCGGUCAUAAUUCUUGGUCUCCUAUUUCCUUCCAUGAAUUACGUUUACUUCUCAAUCGUCGUGGCUCGGUGGGAGAGAGAAAAUCUCGCCGCAUCUUUAACGGAAGCCGCGCCGAACAACCCUUGGAGCCUUCCUGGCAUUGUCCUGUGGGUGUUAUUGAUAGUUCAAAUCAUCACCUAUCCCAUCCUGGCCGCUCUGGUCGAGAGAGUGCUAUACGGUACCGCUUCGAAGAAUCGACAAGCUUCCAACUCUGACACGUCUGCUGCACUCAAUAUCCAUAAUUUCAGCAAGAUAUAUCGACCAGGCUGGUUUUAUCGGACAACUGGGAGAUGGUUUAGAAGCAACCGUCAAACUGUGCAUGCAGUAAACAAUCUGUCCCUGGCUGUCAGCAAAGGGCAGAUUAUGGUCUUGCUUGGAGCCAAUGGGUCGGGCAAAUCCACUACGCUGCACGCCAUUGCAGGGCUAACCAAGUUGUCGUCUGGUGAGAUCCACAUCAAUUACGAGAAGAAGGAACCAAAGCUCGGUUUAUGCCCACAGAAAAACGUGCUUUGGGAUAAUUUAACUGUUAAGGAGCAUGUCCAGAUUUUCAACCAACUCAAGUGCACCGGAAAAGCUGAUCCAGAUGGACAAAUCAUUCAGCUAUUGAAGGACUGUGAUCUUCACCAGAAGAUUAAAGCCCGCUCGAAGGCACUGUCUGGGGGUCAAAAGAGAAAAGUUCAGCUAGCCAUGAUGCUCACUGGUGGUUCUUCAUUUUGUUGUGUCGACGAGGUCUCAUCUGGUCUCGAUCCUAUAUCACGAAGGAAGAUAUGGGAUAUCUUACUGGCCGAGAGAGGUUCUAGAACAAUUAUUCUGACGACUCACUUUCUGGAUGAGGCGGACUUACUUGCCGAUCAUAUAGCCAUCCUCUCAAGAGGUGUUUUGAAGGCCAAUGGAUCGAGCGUUGGGCUGAAAAAUCAACUAGGCUCCGGGUAUCGUAUUCACGUCCUCAAUGUUCCUGGAUCCGAGCAGGCCAUUAGAACCCGAUUCAGCAAUACGCGCAAGGAAACCCAGUUCGAAGAGACUGUGUAUACAGUUCAGAGCUCCGCAGAAGCUGCUCGCUUCGUCUCGGACCUGGAACAAGAGAGCGUGACGGAAUAUCGAGUUAGCGGGCCGACGAUUGAAGACGUAUUUCUUAAGGUUGCUAGUGAACUGGGCUUCGAUCAUGUUCAGAGCAGCGAGCCAGCAACGCAAAAUGCGUCUGAAAACGCUGAUGAUGUUUCUGAGCUUCGUUCCCUCAAUCUAAUGACUGGUCGCCGUAUUGACAUGUUUCUCCAGGCAUGGUACCUCUUUCGCAAAAGAAUGACUAUCCUUCGCCGCAACCCCCUUCCUUAUUUUGCGGCUUUUUUGAUACCUGUUAUUGCAGCUGGCCUGGUGACCUUGUUUCUCCAGGGUGUUCCGAAGCCGGGAUGUUCGGGAGAGGACUCCUACCGGACGCCUGAAUCUACCAUUGCAGACCAAUGGGAUGAUCUACUGCUAGUAAUAGGCCCAUCAGACAGAGUACGGCCAGAACUUCUCCAGGGCUUCAUUACCUCAAUGAGUGAUAACCUCGUUGUUGACCCAGGAGAAUCGGAUGGCGCAGGCCAGCUGUCCAACGAUGCAUCCCACUUCCAUACGGUUGACAACUACGCCGAAUUCACCGAGCACAUAGCAUCCAACUAUGCCAACGUGACGCCCGGUGGUGUUUACCUUGGGGAUUUCCUUUGGCAGCCUACGAUUGCCUGGAAAGGAGACAACGCAAACCUUCCUCUUGCGGCGCUCACACAGAAUGUGCUUAAUCGCCUUAUAACAGGAAUGCCUAUCAACAUCGGUUUCGAGUUUUUCGACAUCCCUUCGAUGCCAGAUUUCUUCGAUAUCCUCCAGCUUAUUGUAUACUUUGGGCUUGCCAUGUCAGUCUAUCCGGCCUUCUUUGCACUAUACCCAACAGUUGAGCGGCUCAAAAAUGUCCGCGCGCUGCAUUUCAGCAAUGGAGUCAGGGCGCUGUCUCUAUGGGUAGCAUACAUAUCAUUCGACUUUUGCAUUGUGGUUGCAUCUAGCGUCCUGGCAAUCAUCAUAUUCAGGGCUGUGUCUAACAUCUGGUACCAUAUCGAAUACCUCUUUGUGGUUCUCUUCCUUUACGGCCUCUGUAGUACGUUGUGUGCUUACCUAGUAUCACUUUUUACAAAAUCACAACUCGCAGCUUUCGCCUUCGCCGCCGGCUUCCAGUGCAUUAUGUUUCUCGUCUACCUCAUCGCGUACAUGUGCGUGUUGACCUACGCUCCAACCGAUAAGAUUGACACCUACGUUGAUAUUACGCACUAUACCAUUGCCCUUGUUUCCCCGUCAGGAAACCUUCUCAGAGCCUUGUUUACUUCUCUGAACCUGUUCUCGAUACUCUGUCGAGGCGACGGUGGCCGUGAGAUAGCCUCUUAUCCAGGUGAGAUAGGUCUCUACGGGGGCCCCAUCCUCUACCUAACCGUUCAGUCAAUGUUUCUAUUUGCCCUGCUGUUUUGGAUUGAAGGUGGCUCACCUUUAUCUUCCUGGCUACGGCCUAAGUCCAAGCCGCACGACGUCGAAGAGAAAGAGCCAAUCGACCGUGACAUUGCGGAAGAGAUCGCCCGCGUGUCCAAUUCUAAGGACAACCUCCGCCUGCUGCAUGUAAGCAAGACAUUCAAGAAGUUUGUGGCAGUGGAGGACGUAACCUUCGGCGUCGGAACAGGGGAAGUCUUCUCCCUCCUUGGACCAAAUGGCGCGGGCAAGACAACCACCAUCUCCCUCAUACGCGGCGACAUCCAACCAACACGCAACGACGGCGAGAUCUUCGUCGACAAUGUCUCUGUCCUGAGACAGCGCGCUGCCGCCCGAUCUCGUCUCGGCGUAUGUCCGCAGUUCGACGCAAUGGACCAAAUGACCGUGCUCGAGCACCUCAUUUUCUACGCCCGUAUUCGUGGCGUACCAGACAUCACCCACAACGUGAACGAAGUGAUAGGCGCCGUCGGCCUCUCACCUUUCAAACACCGCAUGGCCGCGAAACUGUCCGGCGGCAACAAGCGCAAACUGUCCCUAGGUAUCGCACUAAUGGGGAACCCAUCCGUGCUGCUCCUCGACGAACCUUCCUCCGGCAUGGACGCCGCCUCGAAGCGCGUGAUGUGGAAGACCCUCGCGGCCGUAGCACCCGGGCGUUCUAUCGUCCUCACGACACAUUCCAUGGAGGAAGCAGACGCUCUCGCUCAUCGCGCAGGAAUCAUGGCUAGGCGGAUGCUGGCCCUGGGGACAACGGACGCCCUCCGCUCCAAAUACGGGAACAUGUACCAUGUGCACAUUGUCCAUGCGCAAGCACCGCAUACCAGUGACAAGGACAUGGAGAGCAUCCGCGACUGGGUGACGGUUACAUUCCCGGGUGCUGUGAUCGAGCAAAAGACAUACCAUGGACAGCUGCGCUUUAGCGUCCCCGUGAACAUGUCGGACGAGAAGGAAGGAGACGACAACGAUAGACAGAGCUUAUCUUCCCGUGAGAUAGGGACCACCGACGAAAUCAAUCCCGUUUCGGGCGUGUCAGGUCUCAUGGUGUCGGUUCCGCCGACGAGAUUCGAGAACCCCAAAGCCAGGCCCAGAGGUAGUAUCAGCAAGCUGUUUUCUCUACUCGAGCAGAAUAAAGCUACGUUGGGAGUGGAGCAUUACUCUGUCAGUCAGACGACGCUCGAUCAGGUGUUUUUGACGAUCGUUGGGAGGCAUCAUAUUAGGGAGGAGAAUUCUGGCUAA